CUAGUUGUGAAUUGCCAGCAUGUCAGGGGAUCAGGGCGAAGUGCCCACUUGCAAGUUCGAGAAACUCCAGCUAACUGAGAACCUGGAGGAGAGCGAGUUCUUUCAGACCUACUCCCGCCUGGAGACGCACUUGGAACUGCUGAAGGACUCUGCGCGCACCAUGGCCUAUAAGGAUGCAAUACUACAGAAUCGACAGCUCUUCGAGGGCAAAGUCGUGCUGGAUGUGGGCUGCGGCAUGGGGAUUCUGUCGAUCUUUGCGGCCAAGGCCGGGGCUAGCAAGGUGAUUGCAGUGGAGAACGCGGACAUUGCCGCCCUGGCCAUGCAGAUAGUGAAGGAGAAUGGAAAGGAGAACGUGGUGAACGUCGUCAAGGGACUGAUUGAGGAGGUGGAGCUGCCCGAUGGCAUUCAGCAGGUGGACAUAAUUGUCUCCGACUGGAUGGGGUCCUCGUUGUACGUGGAGGGCAUGCUGCAUUCGGUGCUGUUCGCCCGUGACAAGUGGCUGCGCCCUGGAGGCCUGGUGCUGCCCAAUGUGGGCAAUCUGUGGAUUGCUGGUGCCUGUGAUCCGCAUCGGUCUCUCAACAAUGACUUCUGGAACAACGUCGAGGGCUUCGACAUGAGCAGCGUCAAGUAUGCGGUGGCCCAUGAGGCUGUCGUGGACUGCGUGGCCUCCCAGAAUGUGCUCACGAACUCGUUUCUCGUGCACUCGACUCUCCUGGAGAGUGCCCCCAAUGAACCGAUUAAGUUUCGCAAGGUCUUUGCGCUGGAGGUCCUGCGCACCGGAAUAAUUCACUCGAUGAUUGUGUACUUUGACGUGGGAUUCUUUGUGGGCCAGACGGAGAAGCCCGUGACUCUUUCCACCUCGCCCCAGUCGCCCUGGACACACUGGGAGCAGACCGUCCUGCAUCUGGACAAGCCCGUGCGUGUCCAGGCCAACGAACGAAUCACCGGCGGAUUCGGGAUGUUUCCCAGUGCGCACAACAGUCGCUGCAUGAACUUCGAGCUGUGCGUUCGCUCGAAGGAAGCCCAGGGCCUGGUGUCGCAUUUCAAGUACUUUAACUCCUCGCAGAAGCUGUAGCUCCUUGCAGAAGCUGUAGCUGGUGGGCAU